AUGGCUGAAUUAAACAAAGAUGAAGAGAAAAUAGGAGGAUUUUCUAUUGAAGGGUAUAACGAAAACGCUACUCCUCAGCUAUUAACUCUUUUACAAUCAAGAGAUUCAGUCCUUGAAAGUCUUAAUCAUGCACUCUCCCUUACAACUGAAACUAUUUAUAUAGCAGAUUACGGAUCCUCAGAAGGUAAAAACUCAAUGAUCCUUUUUAACGAAGCUAUCAACACUUUUCGAGAGUCCUCCCUCAAGCCAAUUCAUAUAAUCCAUAAUGAUCUUCCUACAAAUAACUGAGAAAAAACCUUUAAAACCCUUCUUAAUUCUCCUAACACUUAUCUUAAUUGCCCUAAUACCACUUUUUCAGCUAUUGGAAAAUCAUUUUACGAGAGAAUUCUCCCUGAUAAUUUCAUUCACCUAGCAAUAUCAUCACGAUCUUUUCAGUAUUUAUAUCCUGAGCCUUCUUUUGCUUGGCUAUCCCGAUAUCUCCUGGCGCCAAUUAAGAAAUUGGUUUUACCGACAAAUGCUCGUAAAACCAAUUCCUGAUUGCUGUCUGAAACGUCGGGAUAACCUGAGCCAAAAGGAGGCUCGAAUUAUAUCUCAACCUUUAAGUACACCUGAUAAUAUUGUUCUAUCCGCAUCUAAUGACCCAGAAUUUAAAGCAAGAGCUGCAGAAAUUGCGCAUCAAGAUAUGGUAAAUUUUUUACUUUUGAGGCAUAAAGAACUGGCUAGCCGAGGUAGGCUUAUUUUCCAAGUGGCAGAUGAAAAAUCUCAUAUGGGGCAAAUAGGCGCUUUGAAUGGGGCAAGUGAAAGUAUUUUUAGGAAAGGAAUAAUCACAGAGGAAGAAUGAAAAGAUUUAACGCUGUCACUAUAUGGGAGAAGUACAGAAGAAGUUGAAAGAGCAUUAAAUGAAACAAGCCAUCUAUAUAAAGCCAUUUCAAUAGAAAAAGUAAUACAUAGGAAAUCAGGGCUAAGCUUGAUGAAUGCAGAGAGAGUUAAUUGGAGCUUAAAAUGGAAAUUAUUUCAGCAUUUGAAGUCGAGCUUCAGCUUUACGCUUCAUGUGACGCUAAGCACUAAAGCUGCUAUGGCCCUCUUCCUUCUGGAUCACCAAAACUCGUGACGUCGUCAAUCUCACCGAGCCUACUGGACCAAAAUUUGUAGCAAAGGAAUCUAUUAACCCCUUGUAGUCCAGGGUUAAGGGUAACGGCCGAUGCCUCCAUCUAGAAAUAUCUCUGCCAUUUGCAGGCAGUAGAAUAAUCCUUCAGAAGUGUCUGUUGAUACUCCGCCGUCAGUCUCUUGCCUGUAUGUCGAGAGGAAACCACUCAGCCCAGCUCUGCACCUUUCUCGGGAAGCUUCCUCACCUGUGAAUCCUGCUCUGAUUCCAUAGAGUUGUGGACCUUCUCUUGACUCCAUCUCUUAUGAAGGAAGUACUAUGAAUGAAUGCAGAAGAAUUAAAAGAACAUAUAGUAAAAUUCAAAUCUUUGGCAGGAACUGUCAUGGCAGGACCCUUUUCAAAAUCGCUUAAAACGAGAGCUGAAGACGAAAAGCAAGAGAUUUUAAAACUGUAUAUGGAAGAAAUUGGAGAAGUGCAGGUGAUUUUUGACAAUGACUCUUAUUUGCAUUCAGUUGUGCUUGAAAAAAUCGAUUAA